CAGGAUGUGAAAUGGUUUCGAGAUGUAAAAUAAAAAAGAAGACAUUGAUAUAAUGAUCGGAUUUAUUCGGGUAAGUGUGUUAGCAGUUUUCCGUGUUCGAGGAUUAAUAAAGAAGAACUGCUGCAAGUCCAUUAGUAUUUACAUAAACCGAACCUUGAACGACGCUCUGGCACACUCGGAGCGUGUAUGUAGGCUUUGGUCAAACGGGAAACGUGACGAUGACCCUUUGUUUUGGCCAAAGAAGGAAAAAAUUAGGGAAAAUAGCUGGGUAAUGUUUUACACUAAAAUAAUAAUAGGUGUCAUUAUUUAGCGUUACACCGUUAGUGAGGGGAGGCUAAACUCGAGUGAGACUAAAUGCAGUGAUUUGAUUGGUUGAUUCGUCUUUUCCAACAAAUUUAAACUUUGAGUUCGACUCAAAAACCCAGAAAUUGUCCGGUAAGCUGACAAGAAAAUGUUGUUAUUCUGUUUCCUAUUUUGAUUUAGUCGCUAUUUUAUAUCCUCGAUUUGUCUUCUGGAAGCGGCAAUGCAGUAGCUGUCAAGAUGGAUGGUUCAAACCCAAAUAGAAGGAGCAACACAAAGUCCCGUCGGCGAUCUUUGAGAACCCUUCAGCUAUCAGACAGCAGUGUGAAUCAAUCUCCAAGUGAUGCUUUGCCCCAGAACUAUGGCUCAGUAUGGAUUAACUACGACGCUCCAUCGCCAAAUCCCAAAUGCAGUCGCCGGAGUAUUUCCAGAAGAUCCAUCUGUGAUUCUUUUGCUCAGAGCAACAACAGCAUUAAUUGUCCGGGCAAAGAAAAUGUUUAUGUGAACGGCACAUCUGUGCAGUCUGCAGCCUCUCCUGCAACAUCCAGUUGCAACACAGCAAUUUCCAAUCGCUCUGAGACUGGUUCCAUCAAUAUUGGAGAUAUUGGCAGCUCUGAAGCGUCUGUUCCACAAGAAUGCCUCAUUAAAGUUAUUAGUGCCAUGAGAAUUGAAGAUGGUUUGAAAACCAGCUACGCGAAGCAAAAUUUACCCUCUGAUCUUUCAACACCGAGUAACAGUGGAGAUAUUGCUAACUCCCAGUCACAUUCUGGAAAGUUCUGUGAGGAAUUUGUGUCUAAGAAUUUUGACAUUAAUAACUCUUAUUUGUUUCCAAAUAAUCUGUCACCAGACAAAGCUACAGAUCUUUAUUCACAUGUUUCAGAGAACAGACAAAAGAAAUUUGUAACGAAGGAGAACCCGAUACAGUCUCAGAGCCCCACAGCAAUUGAAGGUACAUCUUUAUCACUAAAUGAAACUUUAUCCCAAGAGAACAACCUCACUGAUUCUUUAUCUUGUUCUUCGAAUAAUCUCAGUUCCAUUGAAGCUAAUCGUGCUGAAGUGUCUGACAUAUAUUUUAAUGUUUCCAAAGACAGUUCCGCCUGUCUGGAAGAUGGAUCUGAUAAUUCUAUUGAGAUGAACUAUUGCAGUAAAAGCGACAUAACAUCAGCACUAAGCGAAAACUACUGCCAUGGCAUCACAAAUGAUUCUAAAAACCAAAACAGUCUCAAUAGUUCUGUUCAUUCUGACCUCUCCCUGAAUUCUAGCUCCCUCUCUGACCUCAUUCCUGUGUCUUCAGAUUCUUGGCAUUUUCUCGCAGAAUACCCUGAGGGAAAUAAGGAAGAUUCUAAUAUUACUCUGUCGGAUUCUUAUUUAUGGAAUACCUCGUGUGAUUCAGAAUUGUCCAAUUCUUGGUGCUAUACUUCUCAAAAUUCUCUCAAUAAACUGCCAGAUUCCUCUAUUUAUCAAUGUUCCACACCUUGCAGAGCUGAUGAAGCUCUGCCUCUUAACAAGACUCCUGACAUUAAUAAAGCGCAUGCCUUGCCUCAGUCUGAUAGUCCAUUAACAAAUAUUUCUAGAAUUUUAAAAGGUAUUUUUGUCAAAGACGUUUCACCUGUACAAACCCCCUUCAAUUCUCCCUUGCAUCUUGGCCAAAAUGAACAAAACCACAGAACCAUUUCAACUCCUUCCUCUAUUGAUAACAGAGAAAAUAUGUCUGCUAUACAAGAGGAAAGCGUUCUGUCUUUUAGGAAAGAAUUACCUAGCAGCAAUGAGAGCGAAACCAAUGUGAUGACCCCUGAUUCACAACAAAUCAGUCCUAUUGGGAAUAGGGGCCUUGAAUCCUUAAUGAACAACCUCAAUUUAAGUUCUAACACCAUUUCCAAAGAAACUUCACCAAUACUGUCUUUGGAAACUCAGAAGAAAAGCACUGCAGCUACUCUGAGUUCUUCAGAGCCAGCCAUUGCAGUUUCAAAGCCAAAAGCUAAAAAGUCCAAAAGCAAAGUCUUAGAGUCAAAAUCUAGCGACUCCGAAGUGGCGCUAGCAAAAAGGAAGAAAUUAAGACGGCGUGCUUUAAGCAUUAUUCCUUUAAAACUAGAUAGAGUGACUGAGGAACCAGUAAAGGAUGUCAAUGUUGUAGAUAUGGAAUGUUUUCAGGAAUCUACCAGCUCUUUGGAAUUUAGGUCUGCUGAAGAAACCAAUCAAAGUUCGUCUAGUUCCAAAGUUAAACAACUCAGAACCCGAAAGUCUGCGAGUUAUUCCAACGAACCAAUGAAAGAUCUCAGUGUUGUGCACAUGGAAUGUUGCAGUAACGAAAUGGCCGUACUUCUGGAAGUUAACCCAGCGGCGGAGGAGGAAGAAGAAAAUGACCAAAGUGUGUCUGUUUCUAAUGUGAAACCACGAAAAGCUCGAAAAUCAGUUCGUAAUUUGAGGGAAACAAAUUCAAGGACGAGAGGUUCAAAAUCCAAAACUGUGCAAAACAAUAACAAGGAGCAUUCUGGAGCAAAGCUAAACGAUGUUGAAAUGAAUUCUUCUCAAGAAUCUUCCAACACCACAUCAUUUCGCAGAUGCAGCAAGCGAAAAUCAAUUGAAGUCUCUUUGAUGCUAAGUAAAAAACAAGAACCUGAUUUGAAGGUUGUUACAGAUGAGGAAAAUGUCAAUGGUCUGAAAGAGGUUUACCUGCAGAAGAACUACAAACCCAUCAAGGCGGUUCAACUGGAAACCAUUUACGAGUGCCCGACUAAAAAAGGGCCCAGCACCUUGUUCGGCAAGAAGAAAAUGUCCAGAACUCUCAACUUUGAGUCAAAUCCUGUCAAGUUAAAAUACAGGAGGAAGAAAGCUUUGAAAAAUUGGCCGUUUAUGUUUGAUGUCUUGGAUGCCGCUGAUAAACGGCAGAUGAUAUUUUGUGACGAAAUCUGAAUCAAUCUUAUCAGAUCAAAUCACAUUUUCUCACACACACAGAUCUACACAUGUCAUUACAUACACACAUGUUUAUACAAACACACACAUGAAUAUACACAUCUCUCUGUGUCUCUCUCCCCCUCCC